GAGAGGCGCAGUAUGGGGCUGCGGGGUUUUUGCCGGAACAGGAAACCUCUCCGCGGGUGGAGGCGUGCGGCUGGCGUCGCACGCAGGCGCUGCGGGGCUGGCAGGUGUGCGGCGUGUGCACCUCGAAAGUGAUGGAACUCGGCGCGAGCGCCCCCGGGUAGCGCCGGUGAGGCUGCGGGGCCUGGCCCGGGCAGCCAUGGGUCUCCUUCGCCUGCUGGUUCUGGCGAUGCUGGCGUCCAAACCCGGUGUGACCGGUGGAGCCGAGGCCGUCGGGAACGCCAGCGAGGGUCUUCUUGAAUUUUCUGUAGGGAAGUUUAGAUACUUCGAGCUCAACAGGCCCUUUCCAGAGGAUGCCAUUUUGCGUCAUAUUUCCAGCAAUGUGUCUUUUCUUAUUUUCCAAAUACACUCACAGUAUCAGAAUACAACAAUUUCUUUUUCUAAGACUCUCCUUCCCAAUACCUCAGGGACAGGCACUGACAAAGGACUGGUUUUCAUUCUUAGACCAGAGCAGAGUAUGUGCACUUUGUAUUUGCAGACUUUAGAUGCUGAGCCUGUCCAAAACAUGGCCAUUCCACUCUCCUAUUCAGAAAGAGAUCCUAUCCCUGGAGGCUGUAAUUUGGAGUUUGAUUUAGAUAUUGAUCCCAACAUUUACUUGGAGUAUAAUUUCUUUGAGACAACUAUUAAAUUUGCCCCAGCAAACCUUGGCUAUGCAAGAGGCACAAAUCCUCCGCCAUGUGACAUUGGGAUGGAACGGGACUCUAGGUGGAGGUUGCUGUAUGAUGUCUAUCAGUAUUUUCUGCCUGAGAAUGACCUCACCGAAGAGGGGUUGCUAAAGCAUCUGCAGAGGAUGGCCGAGGUGCCUCAGGUGAAGGCCAAUGCUAUCAAGGUGGUUACCCUCACAGCUAAUGAUAAGACAACUGUUUCCUUCUCCUCCCUCCGAGGACAAGGUGUCAUUUAUAACGUUGUUGUUCGGGAUCCAUUUCUAAAUACAUCUGCUGCUUAUGUUCCUGCUCAUACAUAUGCUUGCAGCUUUGCGGCUGUGGAGGGUAAUUGUUCUUCCCUUGGAAGAGUGUCAACCAAAGUGUUCUUCACCCUUUUUGCCCUGCUUGGUCUCUUCAUUUGUUUCUUUGGACACAGAUUCUGGAAAACAGAAUUGUUUUUCAUAGGCUUUAUCUUCAUGGGACUCUUCUUCUACAUACUGAUUACAAGACUGACACUUAUUAAAUAUGAUGUUCGUCUGAUUCUGACAGCCGUCGCUGGAAGCGUUGGUGGGAUUUUCUUGGUAGCUGCUUGGUGGAGAUUUGGAAUCCUCCUGCUCUGCAUGCUGUGUGUUGGAUUAGUGUUGGGCUUCCUCGUCUCCUCAGUGAUGUUCUUCGCUUUCCUGGGGAACCUAAAGAUUUUUCAUGAUGAUGGUGUGUUCUGGGUGACCUUCUCCUGCAUAGCUGUCCUCAUUCCAGUAGUUUUCAUGGGCUGCUUAAGAAUACUGAACAUACUGACUUGUGGACUCAUUGGCUCCUACUCGGUGGUCUUGGCCUUUGACAGUUACUUGUACACAAGCCUUUCUCAUAUCACUCUGAAUGUACUCAAGAGAGCACUCAACAUGGAUUUCCACAGAGCUUUCACAAAUGUGCCUUUUCAAACUAAUGACUUUAUUAUCCUGGCAGUAUGGGGGAUGCUUGCUGUGAGUGGAAUCACGUUACAGAUUCGAAGAGAAAGAGGGCAACCAUUUUUUCCUCCCCACCCAUACAAGUUAUGGAAGCGAGAGAGAGAGCGCAGAGUAACAAACAUCCUGGACCCUAGCUACCACAUCCCUCCAUUGAGAGAGAGGCUCUAUGGCCGAAUAGCCCAGAUCAAAGAGCUCUUCCAGAAGGAACAGCCAGCCGGAGAGAGAACACCCCUGCUUCUGUAGAUGCCAAAGGGGGUUGGUCGGUGUGGUCUCAAAAGUACUGCCCAGGCGUUGCCUCAGCUUUGGUGUGUAUGCCCAGCCUGCUGCAGCAGUCUCCGGUGCAACUCUGAUAAGAAGAGGUGUAUGUAUGUGUGCUUUGCACAGUUUCACGGUGUCCUUAUUGAUGUGUUAUCAAAAGGUACCCUUCUUUUGUUUAAUUGUGGUAAAACACACAUUUACCAUCUCAGUCAUAAAGUAUAUAAGUUCAGUAGGCACUUUGUUUUUGUCCUUUAUUGCUUACAAUGCUAAUUUAAAUACUAAAUUAUGUCCGUUAUUUGAAAAUAGGGUGAUUUACACAGAUCAGAUAUGGAUAUAAUGGCCUCGGGUUUUUUCUUUAAAGGCCUUUUAAAAUAGUGUUGACCUCUGAUCUCUAAAAUGUGUUUGAAUUUUUUUUUUUUAAGGAAACCGAUUGGCGCCUACCUUAAUCUGUAGUCCCUUUAGUAAGGAAACCUUUUAACAUUUGCAUUUUUUAGUUGUUUCUGCUAAAUUGGUUGUUAUUAGCAUUGAUGUAAAAAUAGUGUCAAAAAUUUUCUCUUUUGUGUGAAGACUUUGUACCAUCUAUAUUUUAGUGAUGAGGAGGGAGGGGGUCAAAAAGGAUUAAAGAAUUUAAAGGAGCUACUUUUAAUCAGGUUCUUGGACUCUGUCAGGAAAGUUCCUUCCAUUUUGACCCUCCCCCCGCCCCAAGCAAGCACCUCGAUGCCCUGGGCUGCGUACCCACUCCUCACGGCAUCUGGUUCUGCCUUGGAUCGGAAGCUGGUGACUCUGACACAAUGAGUAACGGUGAGGGUAGUUGUGGUGGUUGCAUACGCAUUUGUGAGUUAACCACUAUUUAAACGAUGCUGCUUUUAAGAGUUUUUUCACAGCACGAUAGAUAUUUGGAGUUUUAGGUAACUGGAAAAUUUUCAGCUUUUGCAUUUGUUUUGGAAAGGCUGAAACAUAAAACUAAACAUACAGAAAGAGAAAACAUACAAAACUAAACAUUUUUGCAUUGCAGAAUUACACACAGGUGUUUACUAUUUAACCCUCACUGUUUAUAUAACUUCAGUAACACUUGAAUUUUUUUUUUUAAUUACUGUAGGGAUUGUGGCUUCUGCCAUAUCUUUGUACAUUCUGACAAGUUAUAUGGAAUGUUUGGGAGUUAUUUUCUGUACCGUCAAAAUGUACUGCCACUGAACACUGUAAAGAUAGAGCACACUUUUUUGGAGGAUUGAGACAAAUUACUUAAAAAAUUUUCAUAAUUUGUGAGUCAUAAAAUGCCAGUUUGUAUCAUUUUUUUAAAUAAUAAAUACCUAUUUUGAAGAAAAAUGCUAAAAAGUCUCAUUAUUCUUAACAGAUUUUUUUUUUCUCACCAACUGUAUUUGUACCGUAGCAGUGAAGACAUGACAGAAGUGUCAUAGGUAUAAAAUUACUUAAUCUGGAGAAUUAAAUCUUUAUUUAAAAAAUUUGGUUUAAGCCUAAGUGAAAUAGUAGGAAAUGAAGGAAAUCUGUGGAGUGUGUUAAAUUUAUAUCCCUUGUUAGAAGGAAAGCUGACGUCUUUGGUGGGCUGAUUUGUGUUGGGUAUUAGCACUUCAGGUUUGUGUAACUGAAGAAAGGUAGUAGUAUUAUCAGAAAAUUAGUUAUACUAUUCCCCCUUAAAUGUUUUGGUUCUGACCAGUCUGUUGGAGGUUAGCUACCAGGUUGCUAAAUCACAGCAGGUAACUCGUGCCAUGGAUCAGUAGAUCUAUAGAAGGUUGGGAUAGAAAAUUGAUUCUUCCAAGGAAAUUGCUAUACUGUUAGACCAGAAACAGACCUUAGAGAUCAUCUUACUUGGUCCCUUAUUUUAUAACUGAGUAAAUUCUUGACCAAGGAGUCAAUUAUAUGGAUAUUUAUCAAUAACUGUGCCCAGAUCAAAAUUUGGGAUACCUGAUUCCCUAUACAAAUGUGCUUUAUGCUCUAUCAUGAUGAAAAUGUAAGUCACUAAUUAUUUUCAGCUCUCUUCUGCUGGUGGAUUGGUGACAACACAGUGAGAAGGCAGCCUUCUGCAAGAAGAGGAAAAAGGCCUCAGUGGAACCCAACCUUGAACUUGGACUUCCAGCCUCCAGAAUGGUGAGAAAAUAAAUUUCUGUUGUUUAUGGCACCCAGUCCGUGAUAUGUUAUGGCAGCCCUAGCAAACUAAUACCCUUUAUAAAUCAUUUCACCCUGAAUGUUGAUUGGAAGACCUCUGGGCAGUUUGGCCACCGUGUUUGUGAGGACCAUUCUAUGAAACUGAGAUACAGAGGGGCUCAAGUUAGUGGAAAUUUGGGCUUACCCAGGGACUACCAUAUAGUCAUUACAUGGGAGGUUGGCAGGUCUGGAUCAAGCUACAUCAGUAUUAAUAGGCAAAAUAAAGAAAAUAUGUACAAUGAUAGUCGUUUUUACUUGGCUCUCACCCUUUACUCAUUAAAUAAAUAUGAGUUAAGUUCCUAAAUGUCAGGCCUUGCCUUGGGCACUAGGAAGAAGAUGGCAAAAUAUUCCGGCAUGGUGCCUAUCUCAGGGCUUAGAGUGGGAGGAGACAGAUAUACUUCAAUAGUUAUACAGAGGAGGUAUGGUAGGCAGUGAAAUUUUUGAUGGAGUAGGGGGUAGAAUCGGGAUGCCAGGGAAGAAUUCCUUGAAAUGACAUUUAAGCUGAGACUUGGAGGAUGAGUAGGAGUAACAAAACCACAAGGAGGCAGAGUGCAUUCCAUGUACUGUGGUUAAAGGCAUAAAGAAAAGCUUCAAGGCCUUCUCUUCUCUACGGAGAGCCUCCAGUGGAGUCUCUCCCACCUGUAUGCCCAGCCAGUCCUUACAGCCCUUCACAUUGGUGCUUGGUGAGGUGAGUACUUGGUGGGGUCAGCUCUCCCAUUCUCAGCUUUUGGCAUUUUGAUCCAGGAAGGAGGUUGUCAGUGUUGUUGUUUUUAAUUUUUUUUAAUGUUUGUUUAUUUUUGAGAGACAGAGACAGAGCAUGAGCAGGGGAGGAGCAGAGAGAGAGGGAGACACAGAAUCUGAAGCAGGUUCCAGGCUCUGAGCUGUCAGCACAGAGCCCAACGCGGGGCUCAAAUUCAUGAACUGUGAGAUGAGCCCAAGUCAGACACUUAACCCACUGAGCCACCCAGGUGCCCCAGUGUUGUUUUUUUUUUUUAAAUUCAGAUAUAAUUGACAUAAUGUGUAAGUUUAAGGUACAGUAUGUUGAUUUGAUACAGUUAUUUAUUAAAUAUUACUCUAUGAUUAUUCCUACAAUAUGAUUACCCUAUGAUUAAUAUCAUAGGGUUAGUUUGCAUCUCUAUCGUGUCACAUAAUUAUUCUUUUUGUGAAAGCAAUUAAAAUCUAGUCUCUUGGCAACCUUGAAGUUCAUAAUACAGUAUUGACGACUAUAAUCCCUAGUGCACUUGGGCUCCAGAAUUUGUCUACUAAUUUCCUUAAAUAAUGUUUCUCCAAUUCUCCCAUGCCCACCUGCUGGUAUCCACCAUCCUCUGUUACUAGGAAUUUGGCUUUUUUGGAUUUCACAUAUAAGUGUUAUCAUCUAGUGUUUGUCAUUCUCUGACUUCCCUCACUUGGUAUAAUGUCCUCCAAGUCUAUCCUUGUUGUUGCACAUGGCAGGAUUUCUCUUUUUUUUACCACCGAAUAAUAUUCAAUUGUAUAUAUAAGCCACAUCUUUAUCCAUUCAUCCGUUGAUGGCCACUUAGGAUGUUUCCCUGUCUUGGCUGUUGUGAAUAAUGCUGCAAUAAGCAUGGGAGUUACAUUUUUUCAAGAUCCUGCUUUUCAUUUCCUUUGGAUAUAUACCCAGGAGUGGGAUUAUUGGAUCAUAUGGUAGUUGUUUUCAUUGUCCAUCUUCCUCGUUAAAUUUGGACUAUACUACAAAACUGCCCAGAGCAUACCUGGUCUUUUUAUUUACCUUUCUUAUUUCCUUCCAAGACCCUAGAAUUUAGCAAUUGUUCCCUGGCAGGUGGGUCAGAACACUUGGGUGACCCACAAAAGCCAUAGUCCUCAAAAUCUUUCCUUCUGUUCCAGAGUCUUAUUAACGUACCUGUAUACAAGUAUAAUAUACCUGACUCCAUUGCUCCCCAAGGGUGAAUUCCUUCUUUUGGAAGGAGAUUGAAGAAUGGCCACAAUUACUUUUUUACUUUGAAGUUUUUAAGGGCUAAACGGCUUAUUCACCUGAGGUUCACGGCUCCUUCUGCUAAUAGAUUUUCUACUGUCCAGGGUGGCUUGUACGUGCUCUGCCCUGCCUGAACUUGUGGUGGGCGCACUGGGAAAAGCAUGGAUGCGUGUCUGGGAGCUUUAAGGAAGGAGGUAGAAGAUCCAAAAAUGAUGCAGAUGGAAGAAGCAAUUGAGACACAUUAAGUGUGCCUUUGCUCCCCAGUUCUCCAUGGGCUGUGUUUUCGGCAAUUGAACUGGACCUCAACAUGUUUUUUAAACUAGCUGUCUCCUUUGGAGAGACCAUCCAUAUAUCAAAAUUCCUGAAAACUGAAAUACAUUGUAUUGCUAGGGCUGGGCCUGGGGUUCUAGAGGACUGUUUUCAUGGACAGGAUUAAAGGCUUUUUUCUGAAAAAAGUCUCUCAUCCUAUUAAUGCCUGAAGGUUUUUCAACAUAGGACAGUCUUCCAUUUCACAAGUAGAGCUACUCUUCUUCCAGAUCAGCUCUCCCUCCUGAAUUACUUCAAUUGUAUAUCCCAGUGAUUUUCCACUGAAUGUUGUUAACCUCUUGUAUUCUGUAUGUCUAGAGUCUACAUGACUGGGAAUAAAAACCUUAUAAUCUUUGAGAUAGGUCUUUUUUUGCCCUUCAAAUUUUUAUUUAAAUUUCAGUUAGAGAUAGGUCUUAAACAUAUUCUAGAAGAAGUUCACAUUUGAGGAAUGCAUUCACUUGAUCUCACAUCAGCCUUUGAUUUGAUAGCACUGUGCACUUGCCCACUGAGUGGUGCUGAAAUUGGAGAUGCAGCUGAUAAAUCCUCGGCAUUUUAAAGUAGCCAAGGGCCAGCCCUAUUCAUCUUGAAAUGUAUAUACAGACAAAAGCAGUGUGCUGAGGCUUGGGGUUAUUGCAGAAACACUGAUUCUAACCAGCUUUGUUACUUUUAUUUUAUUUUUUUUUUAACGUUUAUUUAUUUUUGAAACAGAGACAGAGCAUGAACAGGGAAGGGUCAGAGAGAGAGGGAGACACAGAAUCUGAAACAGGCUCCAGGCUCUGAGCUGUCAGCACAGAGCCUGACGCGGGGCUCGAACUCACGGACCGCGAGAUCACGACCUGAGCCGAAGUUGGCCGCUUAACCGACUGAGCCACCCAGGUGCCCCAGCUUUGUUAGUUUUAUAGAAAGCCCAAAUGUAGCCUUCCUAGCAGUAUCUGAUACUCAAGAAGUAUAUAUCCUGUGUUUCAAGAUCAGGAUAUUUUUAUUCCGGGUCCAGUUCUACCUACUGAUACUGAUUUCAGUGUAGUGAAUUUUCUGCAGGCUUUAGUUUUUCCAAAGCAGUGGGUUUACUCUUUUCCUUUUGCUCAUAUGGGAAAAAAACUUGUGAGGGACAGCAUUAAAUGAAAAAAAAUUGAGGAACCAAGGUGUAAGAUUCCAAUUAUGUGUAUUUGUGUGUAAAUAUGUUUAAAAACAUUUAUAGGGAAGUUUUUCUGAUUCAGAAGAAACUUCUAAUUACCCCUGGGAAGACACAGGUUGUAGGAAGAAGUUGACUUACUUUAAACUGUAAUAUUUUCUGUAUGGUAGAUUUUUAACUGUCUACAUUUAUUUUUUCUUUUAUGUGAAAGAUCUCAAAAAGGAACAUAACCUAACCAACUUCUGAGAAUUUAUACACCAGAAAUCACAGUACAUAAAUUAUGCACAUGAGUUAAUGAAGCAUUUUUUUUUUUUUUAAUUUUAUUUUUGAGAGAGAGAGAGCACAAAUGGGGGAGGGACAGAGAGAGAGGGAGACACAGAAUCCGAAGCAGGCUCCAGGCUCUGAGCUGUCAGCACAGAGCCUGUCUUGGGGCUUGAACCCACAGACCAUGAGAUCAUGACCUUAGCCAAAGUUGGAUGCUAUACCGACUGAGCCACCCAAGUGCCCCUGGGUGCAUUGUUUUAACAGAAAUUUCAAACAGUCUGAAUAUCCAUCAGAAGAAAGAGUUGAAUAAAUUAUGAUACAUCUAUACAAAGAUAGUCACAAAAAAACUGGUUUGCAGGCAACAGAAAACUAACUGGCUAGUGUAUGUAAAACAGAGUUAGUUGGAAGUAUACUGAUGUUAUUUGCUUCUGGAAUUUCCCCCUAUGCAUUUUAUUUAUUUAUUUUUUUAAUGUUUACUUUUUGUGAGAGGGCACGAGCAAGAGAGGGGCAGAGAGAGAAGGAGACCUAGAAUCCGAAGUAGGCUCCAGGCUCUGAGCUCUUAGCACAGAGCCCGGUGCAGGGCUCAAACUCAAGAACUGCGAGAUCAUGACCUGAACCGGAGUUGGAUGCUUAACCGACUGAGCCACCCAGGCACCCCACCCGCUAUGCAGUUUUUACAUGGUUGUAAUUACAUCUGCAGUAUAGCAUUCAGGUUUUUAUUAUGUAAAUUUAGUUAUUUUUUUGUUCCUGUUGCUAGAAUCUUUAAGCCACAGUAUAUAUAAACUGCUUUGGGUAGAUAUUGAUAGUAAAUUAGUAAUCUGGAAGUAAAUUAUUUCCUUAUUGUAUGAUACUUAGGUUUAAUUUGCUCACUCUAACACUAUCAUAAUGUGGCUUUAACCAGGGGAAGCAGUAGAGAUGGUGAGAGAUGGUAGGAUUCUGAUAUAUUUAGAAGGGAAGGGGGUCAAUAGGAUUUGCUGAUGAAUUGGAUGCAAGAUAGAAAAAGUGGAGUCAAAGAUGCCAGGAAGGUUUUUGGCCUUGGCAGCUGAAAAGAUGGAGUUGUCAUGAUCUCAGAUAGGGAAGCAUAUGGAGAGGCCUGGGGGGAAGACUGCUUGGAGCAUGUUAAGUCUGAGAUCUUUGAUAGUUACAGUUGGAAGAGUCCAGAGUUCAUGAGAGCUGUAAAUUUGGGAGUCAUCAGCAUUACAGGUGGUAUUUAAAGUCAUGAGACUGGGUGAGAUCACCAAGGAAGUGAGCAGGAAUAAGGACUGAGCCCUGGGGCUUAAAGUCAGAAGAAAGGGACAGAGGAGGCUGAGAGGUAGCCACUGAUGUAAAAAGAAAGCCCCUUCAAAUUUCAAUUAGAGAUUAUUCUUCAUUGAUAUUACACUAAAAAAUGAACUCCUAUUUUACUCUGUCAAAAAAGGUAGUGAUCACCAAAAAUUGAGUUAUGGAUCUGUGAUCUUCUGGUCAUUGAGGCAGUUUAGAAAUAGAAAAUUUUGGAAGUCACCUUGAUAUUAAAGAAUACCAAUAUGAGCAGAAAACACUCUGUGAGGUUGUGUAGAACUGCUUUUUUAGAAUUGUAUUUCCACUAUAAAAUAAAAAGCAUGUAGUGGAUAGAUGAUAAAUAGAUCAUUGUUUUCUAGGGCUGCUGUAACAAAUUACUACAGGUAGGGUGGCUUAGCAGAAAUUUAUUCUCUCAGUUCUGAAAAAUCAGGAAGGCCAGAAGUCUAAUGUCAAGCAGGGCUGGCCCCUUCUGGAGGCUCUGAGGGAUGAUUCAAUUCAUACCCCUCUCCUAGCUUCUGUUGGCACCUUAGGGCUCUGCAGCUUGCAUAACUCUCUGCCUCUGUCUUCACAUGGCUUUCUCCUUAUGCCUGUUUCAAAUAUCCUUCUCUCUUAUAAGGACACCGGUCACUGGAUAUAGGGCCCAUCCUAAAUUCAAGAUGAUCUAAUUCCAAGAUCCUUAAAUCUGCAAAAACUAUUAAAAAUGUGGUCAGUAUGGGACACCUGGGUGGCUCAGUCCGUUAAGUCUCUGACUCUUGAUUUCGGCUCAGGUCAUGAUUUCAUGGUUCGUGAGUUUGAGCCCCGUGUCGGGCUCUGCCCUGGCAGCCUGGAGUCUGCUGAAGAUUCUCUCUCCCUGUCUCUCUGCCCCUCCCUGCCUCACAGGCACAUGCACUCUCCCUCUUUCUCUCCAAUAAACUUAAAAAACAUAUAUGGUUGGGGUGCCUGGGUGGCUUAGUUAAGUAUCUCACUUCAGCUCAGUUUGUGAGUUUGAGCCCCGCAUUGGGCUCUAUGCUGACAGUGCAGAGCCUGCUUGGAAUUCUCUCUCUCCUUCUCUAUCUGCCCCUACCUCCCCCACUUCUCUCUCAAAAAUAAAAAUAAACUUUGAAAAGAUAUAUAUAUAUAUAUAUGCGCCACAUUCACAGGUACAGGAGGUUAGCACUUGGACGUGCCUUUGCAGGGACACUUUGUAAAAAAAAAUUUUAAUACUGAUUUUUGACAGGGAGGGGCACAGAGAGGGGGAGAGAAUCCCAAGCAGGCUCGAUGCCCAGUGUGGAGCCUGACUCGAGGCUCAAUUCUCUUGACUGUGAGACCAUGACCUGAGCCCAUAUCAAGAGUUGGAUGCUGAGCCACCCAGGUGCCCCUGCAGCAGGGACACUCUUAAAUCCACCACAUAUGAUUAUAAAAAGGUUUGCUGGAUCAGCAAUAUGUUGCUGGCCAAUUCCUAAGAAAUACAGAUAGAAGUUGUUGCUAAGUACUAGUUUUGUGGUAAGAGAUGAAAUGCCAGAAAAAUAAACUGUAUGUAAGCAUUGUUCUCACAUUAACUUGGAGACAAUAUCAAUUUCAACCACUCAUCUUUAUUGAUAAAAUAGGCUCCUAUGCAGUAUACACUCUCAGACAUAAAUUUAAGGUUCUGCUUAAAAACAAAAAAUAUAUGGAUGGAAAACUGUUGCUAUGUAACAAAGUAAAUGUCUUUAAACGCCAAGAUCUUAAAAUUAUAUCCAAGUAAGAAGACCAAGAAUAAAUUAACUUGUUUAUAAAAAAAUAGUUAUCAAGAAACAUUUUAUAAUAGAGCUGCCUCAAUGAAUUGCCUCAGACUUCACCUCAACUGUGUAUUUUUUUUAAUUCUGACUUGGGAUAAAAACUGUAUGAAUGAAUGUGCCACCAAAUUAACAGAUUCUUUACCCCAAACCAAUAGAAAAGGUUAAAAAUAAAAACUGUCAUUUAUAAAAUAUCAAUUAAGGCCUCUGAAAAAAGGAAUCUAUUCAGUGUUUGGGCCAUUAGCCCUUUUCAAUCAGCCACAUCAGCCCCACUUACUCCAAACUUAAUAUACAAAAAUUCCAAAGUGAAAAGUAGCUUUGAAUUUUACCAAUAUAUGAAAUUAUACACAAAAGCUACCAUGUGAAUAUUUCUUUAACAAAUUACAUACCCCAAAGUAGAAUUUUCUAUUGUGCUAAUUUUAAUAUAAAUUAGUAUAUUUAAUCAUAUUUGAUAUUUUUAUCCUUCUAUAAUCAUAAAAUAAGAAAAAUUUAGAUUUCAAUUGAUGUUAAAGUACAUUUCUUUUUCUAGUGGCUUUUAAAAAUUUACAUACUGGAUAUAGAUUUUGUAAAAGAAAAACAAAAAACAAA